AUGCACGCACUCUGGACCAUAUCUGCCCUUCACAUGUUCUCCUGUUUUUUCUCGGCGUCAGAGGCGACAGGUAGCGGCAUUGUGGGCGGAAAGGUUGCAAAGCCUCAUUCCAAACCCUACAUGGCAUCUCUGCAGGUCCAAGGACAGCACACGUGUGGCGGGAUACUAAUACGUGAGGACUUUGUUCUGACUGCAGCCCAUUGCAAUGCCAGCGAUCAGAUCAUGAUGGUUGUACUGGGAGCACAUGACAUCACCAAGAAGGAGAAAAGCCAGCAACACAUCCAAGUGGCCGAGUACCAUCCUCAUCCCAAUUUCCACGGAAAGUACAACUAUGACAUUAUGCUACUGAAGUUGAAACCUAAGGCCACACUCAACAGGUAUGUGAAGCCGAUGGGACUACCCAAGAAGGCAGGGAAGACCCCUGCCAACAUCAGAUGCACGGUUGCCGGCUGGGGCCAGACCUCAAAGAAGUCAAAGAUGUCCCCUGUACUAAAGGAGACCACCGAGAAGAUCCAGUUCAGCUUUGAGUGCAAAUACAUCUGGCAAUACCACUUUGAGAGUGAUCUCAUGACAUGCACCAAGCCCGACAAGUGGGGAGGGGUUUGCCAGGGAGACUCUGGGGGUCCGUUAAUCUGCAACACCAGGCCUGUAGGAAUAACGGUUUUCACCUACAAAAAUGACUGCAGUGAUCGCAGGUAUCCACAUGUCUUCAUGAAAAUCCACCCCUUCCUGCCCUGGAUUAAGAAAGUGAUGGAGGGGAAUGUUGUGGUUUGAGCCCACCACACAUUUGAUUCACUUGGCUGACAGGCUGGCAUGUAAAGCAGAGUUAUGUUUUGGAAAAAAAAAUAUUUUUUCACGUUUAAACACAAAAUACACGAGGCCCCUGGUCUGCCAGAGAAUAAGAAGAAUCAGUGUCCAUCCAUCCAUCCAUUUUCUACCGCUUAUUCCCUUCGGGGUCGCGGGGGGCGCUGGAGCCUAUCUCAGCUACAAUCAGUGUUGCCAACUUUAUUUUUCACUAAAUCUGGCAAAUAAUC